GGGAGGGGCCCGCGCUUCCAAGCGCCCGCCUCAGCGGGGCGGCUCCCGCCCCGCCGCCGGUGCCUCUGCCUCAGCCCGGCGGCGGGCAGCGCCCCGUCCCGGCUACCGGUGGAAGCGCGGGCUCUCCCCUCAGAGGCAGCUCCGCCCGCGCGUUUCCCUCCUUCGCCUCGCCUCGCGGGGUUAUGGCCGCUCCCCACAGCGGUCGGCAGCCGUCCAAGAGGCCUUCUGAUAGCAGCCGCCAUUGUCGCGUCCAAGACCAGCAUUGCUUUCUCAUUCGGACAAGCAGCAUCAACAACAAGGGGCUGAUGUAGUCAAGGGUGAUGAAGACUGACUUGCUGCUCUUCAGGAAACACAGUGCUAAAGCUGCAACAGGCACAGCUGAGCCAGCACAGCCAAAGAGGUGCAGAUCUUCUGAAAGUGAGUGCAGUUGUGAUACCAGUACUGAUACCAGCCAAAAUGAUGGCUAUCGAACUUUAUCCUUGUCUGGGCAUGUUGGUUUUGGUAGUUUACCUGAUCAACUGGUUAAAAAAUCCAUCAAGCAGGGCUUCUGCUUCAACAUUCUUUGCAUUGGAGAAACUGGAAGUGGGAAAUCAACCCUGAUAAACAGUUUGUUUAACACCAAUUUUGAUGACCCUGUGUCAACGCAUUUUCUGCCCAGUGUACAACUUAGAGCCCAGACUUAUGAACUCCAGGAAAGUAAUGUUCUUUUGAAGCUGACCAUUGUAAAUACAGUGGGAUUUGGUGACCAGAUAAACAAAGAAGAUAGCUAUCAGCCAAUAGUGGAUUAUAUAGAUGCACAAUUUGAAGCCUAUCUCCAGGAAGAACUGAAAAUUAAACGUUCUUUAUUUAGCUACCAUGAUACUCGCAUCCAUGUCUGCCUCUAUUUCAUUUCACCUACAGGCCAUUCCCUAAAAACCCUAGAUUUGUUAACCAUGAAAAGCCUAGACAGCAAGGUGAACAUUAUACCAAUUAUAGGCAAAGCAGACAGCAUUUCUAAAACUGAACUACAGAAGUUCAAGAACAAAAUCAUGAGUGAAUUAGUUAGUAAUGGCGUCCAGAUAUACCAGUUUCCAACUGACGACGAAACCGUUUCUGAAAUUAAUACCAUCAUGAAUGGCCAUUUGCCAUUUGCCGUAGUAGGAAGUACGGAAGAGGUGAAAAUUGGAAACAAAAUGGUGAGAGCUCGUCAGUACCCUUGGGGCACUGUACAAGUGGAAAAUGAGAACCACUGUGACUUUGUGAAGCUUCGCAAGAUGCUUAUUUGCACAAAUAUGGAAGACUUAAGAGAGCAGACUCAUGCACGACAUUAUGAGUCGUACAGACGCUGCAGACUGGAAGAGAUGGGCUUCAGAGACAUCGGCCCUGAGAACAAACCGGUCAGGCUUCCAUGUUCUAAGUCUUACGCAGAUACAAAAACUGUAUGUCACAGCUAUGCUUCUGUAGAAAGGUAGGUGAUAGUGCUGUUAUGAGGUAUGUAAUGGAUUAGUAAGGUGUAGACUUCACAAUCCCUUCCUUUCCUCCAAAUCCUCAAUAAGAAGACAUUAUUUAAAUAAUUAUCUUUAACAUCUUAAUUUUGCAAGUGGGUUUUGUACAGGGUAUAAAAUUCUAGAGGUCCAGCCCAGAAGAAUGAGGCAACCUGCGAAUUUGAUUUUCAUAAUGUGCUAUAUGAGAAGCAGUAAAACCAGUCAUCAGGUAAACUGAAAAACGUUUUACAGUGAGCAAUGGAUGCAGUAAUGUUGAAAGGGUUGGCUGAAUACCUGGUGAACUAUUUUCCCCUCCUCCCCAAACCUCCUAAAACCAAAGACUGUUUGGAUCAUUAUGUUGCUGAUAUGCCAAACAGAAGAGGAAAGUUUGUUUUAAUUUUGUCUUUGUGAUUUCCAGAACAAUUAAAUCCAGGGGGAGGGGGGAUUUAAAAAUACACUUUUAUUUGUCCUCUUCCUUAUACAUGUAUUGAUUACUUAGUAAAUCCAGUGUCUUCAAAGUUAAUCUUUUACUGAUUUCAAGACAAAAUUGCCUUUACCUGAUAAACUAGCUUAGGUUGAGUCUAAAGAUGUCCACAUAAUGAAAUGAAGGUGCAAUUGCAGCAUGUUAGCUUAGUCUAGCACUUGCUCUAGUGGCUUUAUUGCACGCAAAGGCAGCAUGUUAGCUAGCAGAACUGACACAGGGCCCAAAAGUGUGUAUAGUGAGAUUGCUAGCACUUGAGAAACCUGUGCUGUAGCUUUAUUGUUAUUACAUAUGCUGUCUAAACUGAAAGAUAGUGUGAAUUAAUAUACCUGUGUGAAAACCAUGCCGUUGUUACAUGCAGUAGAUACAAUUUCAGCAUGACCUAAGUUACUUCACAGUUGAUAAAAAUCCCCCACAAACCCAAAAAGGUGGUUGUCUGAAUUUGUUUUGUUGCAAUGUAUUGCUCAAAUAAGAUAGAAUAGGAAAAAAUGCUCUGACCUUGAGUUCUUACAAACAUUAAGUCUGCAUGUGCAAUUUCAAGACAAUUCUUCUCUCUCUUUAGAUUAUAUUUUUAAUACAAAUAAGAAAAUUUAGGAUUGGGAAACUGCCCAAUCAUCGCAAAUUUAAAUCUAGAAGGAGCUGUUUAAGCUUACUGUUGUUCUAAAUAAUUAAGUUUUUAGGUGUCCUUUUUUGUAAGUCUUUCCAUUUAUAAACUGUUUUAAUAGAAACAGUAAAAGAUGAGACUUAAAAACUGGUACAAAAGUGUGUAUGUGUAUUAAAAAUUAAAGCGAAUUUAAAUAUUUGAUAUACAUAUAUAUUUAUUUUACAUCAGAGUGGAAGGCAUGAGAUACGUGGCAAAGGACAGUAACUCAUGAUAGCUGAGUGGGGCUGACUAGUCAGCACUCAGGAAGCAUUAGAAGAGAUGAAUGGUGUAAGAGAAUAGCCCCAGAAUAAAGAGCUAGAACAUUAUCCAUGUGUUGAUCUGUUCAUAAGCCCUGUGUCCUACAAGAUCUGGACAGAUCCUUUUGUUUUUGUAAGAACCAUUAGCACAGCUCUGAUCCACCAAUUCUGCCUCUCUGGAAUUUUGUGACUGAGAGAAGUUUGUGGUAAAUGUUUUGUUGGAAGAACUUGUGUCAUUAAGCAGGUACGCUUUUCAAAGGUAGUGUGCUCUUUGGUAUAUGAGAUACAUCUGUGUACAAGCUCCAUUUCUUUUUUCCUGAAAAGCAGAACUAUUUGGGCCAGCACUGUGGUGAUAGCAGACCCUGACAAUGUCAAACCUGUAGUAGUAUAUGAAUAAAUUACCAGGAUCUUUUAAUUUGCAUUGAUAUACUUUGAUAUGAAAGAAGUUUCUCAUUUUCAAAGACCUGUUGUUUGGAGGAAAAAAAUUGCUGUGUACUGAAAUGUCUAGUAGAGUAUUUUUUUUUUUUUUUUUUAAAGAAAGGAAGGGAGGCAUAGAUUUAAAAGUAAAGAAAUGUUUUAAUUACUUGCUGUUUUGUUCUGUUGCCAGAUACUUGCUCAAUGAUCUGAACUAAUAUACACCUUCUAUAUAAUUUCAAAUAUAAGUGUGGUAUGUAUGCAGUAUAUUAGCUUCUGGGAGAGAGGAUUAGGAAAAAACAAGCAGUGUGGAGGUUUUGGCUGAUGCAUGUUGGAAAGUAACCCUUUCUUUUGAAUGUUGAACUACUUAGGAAAUUGUAUUUAUUCCAUAUUAAUGUAAGUCUGCCAUAUUUAAAUUUUGACAUUACAUAAAGAGAGUCCUAUAUAUUUUUAAGGUCCUGUUAUUUUCCUUCCUUUUAUAUAGCAUUAAUCAGUUUGUUAGUUGUGUUAAUGCUCCACAUGCAUUGGUUUUGUAAUGUCCUAUUUUAAGACUGAAGUUUCACAAUGAAGAAAUCUUGGGUGAUUUUUCUGGCAAAUUCGGUGUCUUAUUAAUAAAAGUAACUUAAAGAAAAAGGUUAUGCAUGUUGGAGGCAAAAAGUUAUAACUCAAGUCUUUUAGAACAUGAGAUUCCUAAAGUGCUGUAUUUACUUUGAAAUAUAAAUUGCCCAGGAGUUGUUAGCAUAAAUAAUUUUACUCAGGGUUGUUUACUUAAAUAAAAAUUUAGAAAGGUAAGAUGCUUGCUUCUGUUUAGGUUUGUUUACAAAUUUUUAUGUGGGGAGCUGUAGAAAUUAAUAUUUCAGAUGAAUAUUAAUUGUUUAAAUAAUGUUUUUGGUUUUCCACAUUGAAUAAAGCAGCGUGCUGGAGACUUGCUUACAUUUUUGGACUUCAGUCUACAGGAAGCCUAUGAGGCAAAGAGGCAGGAGUUCUACCUUGAACUGCAAAGAAAAGAGGAGGAGAUGAGACAACAAUUUGUGCAGAGAGUGAAGGAGAAAGAAGCAGUAUUGAAAGAAG